AUGAGCGAUCGCGAGCAGCCUACAUCGGAGCCCACCACGACGGUGGUCGAGGAAGAGGAGGAAGAUGAAAUCGAGAAGGGUCUGUUCGAGGAGCCGGAAGAUUUUUACAAGCCGCCCCCGGAGCCCACCUUCCGGACCUACCAUCGCAAAUGCGGAGAAGACGUGAAGCUCAAGCUGGUGGGCAGCCACCCGCUUUGGGCGCACCUGCUGUGGAAUGCCGGACUCGUGCUGGCCGACUACCUCGACGCCAACCCAUCACUCCUCCACGGCAAGACGGUGCUUGAGCUGGGCGCCGGUGGCUCCCUGCCCUCCAUCAUCGCCAUCAAGCACGGGGCCAAGAAGGUGGUGGUGACCGACUACCCUGAGAAGGAGCUCAUCGUCAAUGUCCACGAGAACAUCGAGGCCAACACCACCGCGGCGGAGCGAGAAAAUGUCGUCAACAUUCAGGGUCAUCUGUGGGGCACGUCGGUGGAGCCGCUCCUGGCGGCGCUGGCCGAUGUCGGGGAGACCAAGUUCGACGUCGUCAUCAUGGCCGACCUCAUCUUCAACCACAACCAGCAGACACAGCUCCUUCAGACCGCGCGCGCGGCCCUCAAAGACGACGGCAAGGUGCUGGUGUCGUUCUCGUCGCAUCGGCCGUCGGUGGCGCACCUGGACGAGCGGUUCUUCGACAUGGCGCGGCAGGAGGAGCAUGGCGGGUUCGAGGUGGAGCACCUCUUCACGGAGAUCCGCACGCCCAUGUUCGCGGUCGACUUUGGAUCGGAGGAGGUCCGCAGCACCGUACACGUGCGUGUCCUCACCUGGCCCACCAAGAAAUAA